AUGGCUCCAUCAAGAAAAUAUGCAAGAAAACCUCUAAAGAAGAAGAAGAAGACUGACAAUGUUAAAAGUGUUAUUAAACCAGUACAAGAGAAAGAUGAGAUUAUUAGCAUUGGAUGCACAACUCCUAAAGCACAAAAGCACCAAAUACCAGAGAUUCUAACAUGCCCACCGGCUCCGAAGAAGCGAAAAAUUGUUUCGAGUUGCACGUUGAGACGACCCAUAUCGUUCUUUGAUCCACCGGAUAUAGAGCUCUUCUUUGCUUCUCAUUUCACAUCGAUUUAUAAUCAUGUUCAUGUUCAUACUCAUGUAAGAUGA